AUGAGUAUCGCCGGAUUGCCUGAUGCGGCCGACAUUCCCAAUGAUGGCACUGGUGUCGUCAAGCUUGACCCUUGGCUAGAGCCAUUCAGCGAUGCGCUUAGGCGCCGAUUUUCAAAAACACAGGAAUGGAUCCAAACCAUCAAUGAUUCUGAAGGAGGGAUUGAUAAGUUCUCAAAGGGCUUUAAUCACUACGGAUUCACCAUCAACGACAACACUAUCGUGUAUCGAGAGUGGGCCCCAAAUGCCGAAGCGGCGUAUCUCAUUGGAGACUUCAAUGAGUGGAACCGAGGCUCCCACGCGAUGAUCAAGAAUGAGUUUGGGGUUUUUGAAAUUACUCUGCCUGCAAAGAAUGGACAGCCACAGAUCCCACACAACUCCAAAGUCAAGAUCUCGCUCACUCUUCCGGGGGGCGAACGAGCUGAUCGUCUCCCAGCAUGGAUCAAGUAUGUCACACAGGAUCUGGCUGUUUCCCCAGCGUAUGAUGCUCGUUUCUGGAAUCCUCCCACCUCUGAAAGAUAUAAUUUCAAACAUCCUCGACCUCAGAAGCCAGCGAGUGCGCGCGUAUACGAGGCGCAUGUUGGCAUCUCAUCACCUGAUCAAAAGGUUGCGACGUACAAAGAAUUUACAAAAAACAUGCUGCCCCGAAUCAAUGAUCUUGGCUAUAAUGUCAUUCAAUUGAUGGCUGUCAUGGAACAUGCUUACUAUGCCAGCUUUGGCUAUCAAGUAAACAAUUUCUUCGCGGCAAGCAGCCGUUAUGGCACCCCGGAGGAUCUCAAAGAACUCAUUGAUACUGCUCAUUCCCUAGGAAUAGUUGUCCUUCUUGAUAUGGUGCAUAGCCAUGCCUCGAAAAAUGUCCUUGACGGACUAAAUGAGUUCGACGGCACCGACCAUCAAUACUUUCAUGCCGGGGGGAAGGGCCGCCACGAUCAGUGGGACAGCCGCCUAUUCAACUAUGGACAUCAUGAAGUCAUGAGAUUUCUUCUAAGCAACCUGCGGUUCUGGAUGGACGAGUAUCAGUUCGAUGGUUUCCGUUUUGAUGGUGUGACAAGUAUGCUCUACAUUCAUCAUGGAAUGGGUUUUGGUUUCUCGGGAGGUUAUCAUGAAUACUUUGGUUCCGAAGUAGACGAAGAGGCGGUAGUUUACCUUGCACUUGCCAACCAUCUCCUUCAUUCCCUGUAUCCUGAGUCCAUCACAAUCGCAGAAGAUGUGUCUGGAAUGCCAGCCCUGUGCCUCCCUGUAUCUCUGGGCGGUGUUGGGUUUGACUAUCGGCUCGCUAUGGCUGUCCCAGAUAUGUGGAUCAAGAUCCUGAAGGAGGUCAAGGAUGAAGAAUGGGACAUUGGGAACAUAUGUUUCACUCUGACGAAUCGCCGCCAUGGGGAGAAAACUAUUGCAUAUGCUGAGAGUCAUGAUCAAGCACUCGUUGGAGAUAAAACAUUGAUGAUGCAUCUCUGCGACGCUGAGCUAUAUACCAAUAUGUCUGUGCUUUCGCCUCUGACGUCCGUCAUCGACCGUGGAAUGGCUCUUCACAAGAUGAUUCGACUAUUGACGCACAGUCUGGGUGGCGAGGGCUAUCUCAAUUUUGAGGGGAAUGAGUUUGGCCAUCCUGAAUGGCUUGAUUUUCCUCGGGAAGGAAAUAGCAAUUCUUUCUGGUAUGCCAGACGCCAGCUGAACCUAACCAGCGAUAACCUUCUCCGCUACCAAUUUCUUAACAAUUUUGAUCGUGGAAUGAAUCGGUGUGAGGAAAAGUUUGGCUGGCUGCACUCACCCCAAGCAUUCGUCUCGCUUAAACAUGAAGGCGACAAGGUGAUAGUGUUUGAACGCGCGGGGCUUGUUUUCAUCUUCAACUUUCAUCAUGCUAACAGUUUCGCCGAUUACCGAAUCGGAAUUGAGGUUCCUGGGACCUACCGGAUUGUUUUGAACAGCGACUCCAAGGAAUACGGUGGGUUCGGCAGGAUUGACGAAGAGACCCGAUUCUUCACCACCCCAAUGGAGUGGAAUGGCAGGAAGAACUGGACGCAUGUGUAUAUUCCAUGCAGGACUGCAUUGAUUCUCGCUUUGGAGAGCCCAGUCUCCCAACAGGCAUAG